AUGAAGCACAAAUUCUGCUCGUACCGAUACACCUAUGCAUACCGGUAUGCAUACGGGUAUAUCUUUCUCCUGGCAUGCCUGGCGGUGCUACCGGUAGCAGACACUUCGGAUGCCACGGUCGGGGAGGAUUUCUUGAAGCAAGCCAAGAUAUCCAAGGAAUGUGCUGCGAUACUCGCUGUGGCGGGUGGUGCUGUUGAGGGCAGCCUGGGCCUCGCAGCCCGAUUACUCGUCCUCAAGAUUAUUGCUUACGUUGGUUUCACCGCCAUUGGGGGGUCCUUUUCGGAAUGGUGGCAAUCCACCAUGCCAUUGAGGAGUAAAGAGGACAGCACUAGUAGUUUGUUUUCGUGGCUACAAGCCAUUGCCAUGACCGUAUCAGGACCUGACAUUGCCAUUGCUAUUGGGAAUAUUCUGGGGGGCGUUUUGGCCGUCAUUUUUUUCAUGGAGUAUUUUUGCGCCAAAGUGGAUCAAGCGGUCCAAUCCAACAUGGAGUUUCGCAAGCUCGUGGCUGCCGUAGUGGUAUUGGUCAUCAAGGAAUCUUUUGAGUUUUGGCCUGUAGCUGUUGAAGAGAGUGAAGCGAUAAUUCGAAACGCUGUCGGGGUUGACGAAGAACCAAGAUGGGAAACUGAACAUGCGUCCCGUGUAUGGGUGUCUGCCAUGGAAGUAUUGAUGGCGGCAUCUAGUCUGCAGCCUUCUACCGCUGCGGUUCUGUUGCAGAUCCAGUUUUGA